AGAGAGAGAGAGAGAGAGGGGAGGAAUGAAAUGAGAGUGUGAGAGCAAGAGCGAGAGAGAGAGAAAUUGGGAAGAAACAGAGAUACCACCUUACCUUAACAAAAGAAGAUCCUCCUCUGGACUGGGACUGGGACGAGAGACAGGAGUAGGACAUGGCUGGGUACAGGCCGAGGGUGAUAGUGCUGAGUAAGAAGCCAGGUCAAAGUUUUGGCUUCCUCUUGAGGGUGGAGCAAGGAGAGGAUGGUCACCUGAUCAGGAACCUGGAGAGGGGCAGCCCGGCCAAGCUGGUGGGUUUGAAGGACGGAGACCGCAUCCUCCGGGUCAACGGGACCUAUGUGGACGAGAUGGACCACACACGGGUAGUGGACCUGGUGAAGGAGAGUGGUACAUCGGUCACCUUCCACGUUCUGGAUGUGGCAUCCUACAAGCAGGCUAAGACUGAGGGGGUGGACCUGUCUGACCAACACGCCACACCCACUCAGCACGCCAUGAACGGGGUGGGAGGAGGGGCGCCCAAACCCAAACUCUGCUACCUGGCCAAGUCCAGCGGGGGCUACGGCUUCUCUUUGCGCUCUAUCAAAGAUGAGAGGGGUGACGUGGGCAUGUUCAUGACAGAGGUGGCUCCAGGGGGUGUGGCCGGGAGGGCAGGGGUCAAGACCAACGACCGCCUGAUAGAGGUCAACGGGGAGAACACGGAGAACGCCACUCAUGACCAGAUAAUUGAAAAGAUCAAGGCAUCAGGCAGCAGCGUCAUGUUCCUAUUGGUGGAUGAGGACACAGACAGGUUCUACAAGAUAAAACGCAUCAGGAUAGGGGCGGGGCUAGCCACAGCAAAGCUCCUCCCACUGAAGCCACGCAUCGCAGACUUGGUCAAAGGAUCAGACGGCUAUGGAUACUUCCUAAGGACUGAGCCUAACAAGACAGGCCACUUCAUCAGGGACAUUGACAGGGGUAGCCCAGCUGAGAGGGCGGGAUUAAAGGAGAUGGACAGGCUGGUUGCCGUGGAGGGUGUGGAAGUGGAUGGCUGCAGCCAUGAGCAGGUGGUGGACAGGAUCAGGCAGUGUGGCAGCAAGUGCUGCCUCCUGGUGGUUGAUGAAGACACUGACAAGCUCUACAAGAUGGGAGGCGUUUCUCCUCUGUUCUACUUGGAAGAGAUUACGGAAUCCCUCCUUCCAGCAACCCCUCCACCCAGCUACCCAGAGAGCGUGCCGGCCCCGGUCCCAGACCCUGUUACCACAGACCUCCUCAAGCUGUGCAAGAUGGAGAAGACCUCCGCCGGGUACGGCUUCCACCUCAACGGUAUACAAGGAGUCUUUGGCCAGUAUGUCAAAGAGGUGGUGAAGGGUGGAGCCGCGGACAGGGCUGGUCUAGAGGACGAAGACAUGGUGGUGGAGGUGGACGGUGUGAAUGUGGAGCAGAGCAGUCACGAGCAAGUGGUGGGGUUGAUCCGUAAGAGUGGCAGCUCGCUGGUACUCCUAGUUGCCGGGAAGCAGGCCAACGACCACUUCAAAGCCAAAGGGGUGGCCAUCACUCCUCAGCUCUUCAUCCCCUCGUCCCAAGCCAGGUCCCCAUCCCCAGCCCCGUCCCCGUCCCUAGCACGAAGCCACACACCAGCCCAGAUAGACACUCCAGCCACUCUGGAGGAGGUCCAAGAGGAGGAAGAGGAGGAGGCUGCUGAGCCAGACACCACGCCGCACCAGGAACGAGAGAGGACUCCAUCUGUGUCAUCAGCAGCAUCAUCUUGCUCAAGCGUUGAUGAGAGACUCUGAGAAGUCACCAAUGAGAAAUCAUUUCCUGUCAAGACUUUUUCUGUCUCCCGUCAGCCUUUGCACCAUGCUGGAUAAUGCAGGUAUCUCUGCUCAAGAACUCUGAUCAAACUUAAUACAUUUCUAUGACAGACGCUGGUUUUAGGUAUCAAUGCAAAUCGGUUGAAAAUAGCAAUAAAUAGCCAUUAAUGUAUUGAUCAGUUAGAUAGCACUGUCGUCCAACCAGCGUAUGGAUCAGUAUAAUCUCAUUACGAACACCUGCAAUGUAGACCGAGAACACUAGUAAUGCCAGUUCAAUGUGUUUAACUGGAACAGUAACCAUAGUGAGAGAGGCCUACUGUACUACACCUUAAUAAUAAUGCUGUCUUUUAAAUAUCAUUAAAAGGAUCAAAUACAUUUGAUUUGUUUUACCCAAAGA